AGCCGGAGCGCCCCGGUUCGCGGUGCGAAGAGUGAGAGACGAGUGUGAGAAGAAAGAGGACGGAAGAAGAGAGAGAGGGAGAGCAGGGGACCGUGCAGCCCUCUGUACCAAUGGACCAUAAGGAUAUUUAACCAUUUGCCCGGGGAGCGCACAGACACCGCAGUCCAUGCCUCUGCCUUGCCAGGUCAUUGAUGGGAAAUCAACUGGAUCGGAUCACCCACCUCAACUACAGCGAGCUGCCCACGGGGGAUCCGUCCGGGCUAGAGAAGGACGAGCUUCGGGUCGGCGUCGCCUACUUCUUCUCUGACGAAGAGGAGGAGGUGGACGACCGCACUCCGUCUGACUGCGGCUUCACCAAGGACCACAGCCCGGCCGAGGAGGGACCCUUCUCGGUCAGCGAGGUGGAGUACUCUGCGUUCUGCUCCCAGGAAUGCAUCUUCUCCAAGCUGCGGGAGAACGAGGACUUGAAUGUGUACUCGGCCAAAACUUUGCUGACUAUGUGCAAACCGGGGGACCUGCUGGAGCUGGUGGCCACCGCGCAAGCCCCCCACUGGGCCAUCUACGAGCAGGACGACCAGGUCAUUCAUCUGCACAAGGGCGAGAUCCGCAAGGACAGCCUGCUUGAGAUCAGCAACGGUCGCCACGGGAGGAUAGUCAACAAUCGGUACCGGUACCGACCGCUUCCUCCUGACCUGGUGAUGCAGAACGCGGUGGGACACCUGGGCCUGAGCAGCGACGAGAUAUGCUGGACCAACUCGGAAAGUUUCGCAGCCUGGUGUCGUUUUGGGAAACGGGAGUUCAAAGCCGGGGGAGAGGCGCACUCAGCGGAGCAGCAGUAUUUCCUCAAAGUGCAUCUGUCUGGCAGCGGGGUGCACACUCUGGUCUUUCGCAGCCUGGAGGACAUGAUCCGGGAGAGGAGGCGAGUGGACGCCAGUGGAAUUCUCAAAGAGCUGUCUUUGGUUAACGGGGGCAAGGAGUGAUCAGGGAUUCCGUUUGAUAUCCUCUC